GCAACAUAAAGCUCAAUGGUAAUAGUAUCAUCAGCUUUCAUCUCCAAAGCUCUUUCAUCACCAAACCUCAAAGACCUUCGCCAAAUCCACGCCCUCGUCAUCACUCUAAACCUCGAACACUCCGACUUCUUCUCCGGCAAACUCAUCGACAAAUACUCCAACCUCAAAGAUCCCCACUCCUCCCUCUCCGUCUUCAAAAGAGCCUCCUCUCCUCCCAAAAAUGUCUACCUCUGGAACUCAAUCAUCAGAGCGCUUUCUCACAACGGUCUAUCCACCAAAGCUCUCGACUUUUACAAGAAGCUUCGUGAACACAACGUUUCCCCUGAUAAGUACACGUUUCCUCCCGUCGUGAAGGCAUGCGCGGGGCUGUUGGAUAAGGAGAUGGGAGAUUGGGUUUAUGGAGAGAUAGUUGAGUUGGGUUUUGGGUCGGAUUUGUAUGUGGGGAAUGCGGUUGUUGAUAUGUACUCGAGGAUGGGGUUGUUGGGUAGAGCACGGGAAGUGUUCGACGAAAUGCCUGUGAGAGAUAUUGUUUCGUGGAAUAGUUUGAUUUCUGGGUGUAGCUAUCAUGGUUGUUACGAGGAAGCUGUGGGGGUUUAUCGUGAGUUGAGAAGUUCUUGGGUUGUGCCGGAUUCUUUUACGGUGACUAGUGUUUUGUCUGCGUUUGGGAAUCUGGAGGGUGUUAAAGAAGGAGAGGGAGUUCAUGGGUUUGUUGUGAAGUUAGGUGUUGGUUCUGUUGUGGUGGUUAACAAUGGAUUACUUUCAAUGUAUUUGAAAUUGAGAAGACUAAGGGAUGCGAGACGAGUUUUUGAUGAGAUGGUUGUGCGAGAUUCCGUUACUUACAAUACUAUGAUCUGUGGGUACUUCAACUUAGAGAUGUAUGAAGAAUCUGUGAAGAUGUUUUUGGAGAAUUUUGAUCAGUUCAAGGCGGAUAUCUUGACUGUUAGUUCUAUUCUCCGUGCUUGUGGACACUUACGAGACUUGCGGUUAGCUAAGUAUGUUCAUGAAUACAUGAUGAGAGGUGGAUUUGUGGUUGGAACUACUGUGGGUAACAUUUUAAUCGAUGUGUAUGCAAAGUGCGGUGACAUGAUCGCGGCAAGAGAUGUGUUCAAGGGGAUGGAGUGUAAGGAUACUGUUUCAUGGAACUCGAUAAUCAAUGGGUAUAUACAAAGUGGAGAUGUUUUGGAAGCUAUGCAACUCUUUAAGAUGAUGAUGAUCAUGGACGAGCGAGCGGAUCAUAUUACUUACUUGAUGCUUGUAUCUGUCUCCACUCGUUUAACAGACUUGAAACUUGGGAGAGGGCUACACUGUAACGUGACAAAAUCUGGAUUUUGUUCUGAUGUUUCUGUUAGUAACGCUCUGAUUGAUAUGUCUGCUAAGUGUGGGGAAGAAGGAGAUUCUCUGCAGAUAUUCAAUAGCAUGGAAAGUAAAGAUACAGUAACGUGGAACAUGGUUAUUUCAGCGUGUGUUCGUUCUGGAGAUUUCGCAACUGGUUUACAGGUAACUACACAGAUGAGGAACAGCGGAGUGGUUCCUGAUAUGGCUACUUUCUUAGUUAUAUUGCCAAUGUGUGCUUCACUUGCUGCUAAACGACUAGGCAAGGAGAUCCAUUGUUGUCUUCUAAGGUUUGGGUAUGAAUCAGAGUUGCGUAUAGGGAAUGCACUGAUUGAAAUGUACUCAAAAUGUGGUUGUUUAAAGAGUUCCUUAAAAGUCUUUGAACAUAUGAGUAGAAGAGAUGUUGUGACAUGGACAGGCAUGAUCUACGCAUACGGAAUGUACGGUGAAGGCGAGAAAGCUCUUGCAGCUUUCGCCGAUAUGGAAAAAAAUGGUGUAGUUCCGGAUAAUGUUGUCUUCAUUGCCAUCAUCUAUGCUUGCAGCCACUCUGGUUUGGUAGAAGAAGGCUUGGCUUGCUUUGAGAAAAUGAAAACUCAGUACAUGAUCGAACCCACGAUGGAACACUAUGCUUGUGUGGUGGAUUUGUUGUCCAGGUCUCAGAAGAUUUCGAAAGCCGAGGAGUUUAUUCAAACAAUGCCUAUAAAACCUGAUGCUAGCAUAUGGGCAUCUCUGCUAAGAGCUUGUAGAACAAGUGGGGACAUGGAGAUUGCUGAAAGAGUGUCUAAGAAGAUCAUUGAACUGAACCCGGAUGAUCCAGGCUACUCUAUUCUAGCAUCAAACACGUAUGCAGCGUUGAGAAAAUGGGACAAAGUGAGCCUAAUCCGCAAAUCCUUGAAAGAUAAACAAAUAAAGAAGAAUCCUGGAUUUAGUUGGAUUGAAGUCAGUAACAGAGUUCAUGUGUUCCGUGCAGGAGAUGUUUCAGCUCCUCAGUCUGAAGCCAUACACAAGUCACUUGAGAUACUUUACAGUCUGAUGGCUAAAGAAGGGUACAUUCCGGAUUCACGGGAAGUGUCUCAGAAUCUGGAGGAAGAAGAAGAGAAGAGACGUUUAGUAUGUGGUCACAGUGAGAGGCUAGCCAUUGCGUUUGGACUGUUGAACACGGAACCAGGGACUCCAUUGCAAGUGAUGAAGAACCUUCGUGUCUGUGGGGAUUGUCAUGAAGUCACGAAGCUGAUAUCGAGGAUUGUAGGACGUGAGAUAUUAGUGAGGGAUGCUAAUCGGUUCCAUCUCUUCAAAGACGGAACUUGUAGCUGCAAAGAUCGGUGGUGAAUAGUUCCUGUUACAGAUGGAGAGUUUCCUAACAAGGAUAACAUAAGCAACAGUGUUUUCAAAAAAAGAUCAUCAGAGUCGAUCAAUCAUAUGUUUUGCACCAAAAACUUUGUUCAUUUGACACUGCAAAGUUUACUAGAAAUCUUUGCGUACUGACUAAUUAGCAAACUUCGUUUUUUGGGUUAUCUUAUAGAAGUAGUUUCUCAGUUGAUCAUUUGAGCACAAG